AUGGACGGUUCACUGUUUGGCAAGCUCGAAGAGGACAAACCGAAAGGCGAGCCCGAAACCGACGAGCCUAGCACUGAUAAGCCGCAAUUCAAAUCCCAGGUUAUGUCGAACCUCGCGCUCAAAGUCAACAUGAAAAUGGGCGGAGAAAAUCACUGGCUCAAUUCCGAUGUUUGGCAUGAAAUCUUCGGGAGCAAUAGCCAGAAGAAGUCGACGAUAAUACUUGGUGCCGAUGUCACACAUCCUCCGGCCGGCGCGAAACUGGGAGCACCUAGCAUUGCUUGCGUGGCGGGAGGCCAAGAGAAAAUCGAGGAUAUGCGGUCAAUGGUGCGAGAACGUCUGGAGACAUGGAAGAAAGGCCAUAAAGAGGAGCUUCCGACCAACAUGCUUUUCUACCGCGACGGCAUCAGUGAGUCCCAGUUCCCCCAGUGCGACGACUACGAAAUCGGAGAAAUCAGGAAGGCGUACGAGCACACCGGCGGGGAUGAGGAAGACCUAGAGCUCACAUUCCUCGUCUCCUACACCAGCUACAAGAAAGGCCAACAAUUUGUCAACGGCAACCUACGCCCCGGCCUCCUUGUCGAUAGCGUGAUCACACCGCCAAAACCGAAGAACUUCUUCCUCCAAUCGCACAGCGCUAUCCAAGGCACGGCACGCUCCGCCCACUACCAUAUCCUCACGGAUGACAUGCGGCUGGGAGAGCAGCUUCCGCGCCUCACAAUGAUGCUCCGCUAUGCCUUUGGACGAGCGACAACUGGUGUGUCCUAUGCGGCUCCCGCCUAUAUAGCCGACAGGCUCUGCGAACAGGGCCGUGCGUAUCUCCGCCCGUGGAUGAAUGAUCCUGAGAUGGAACCGUGCUGGGAGCCACCCAAGGAUGCCGACGAGAGGCCGUUGGGGAAAGACGAGUUCCUGGACUGGAAGAGGGAAAAGGCGUUGGAAUUGUCGAAGACCCGGGCAGUGUGGGGCCCGAACUACAAGAAUGAGGCGUGGAUGAAGGAGGAGGAGAAGCAGCUCAAUCCGUGGCAUCCAAAUCUUGACAAGGGUAUGUUCUGGAUGUAG